UCACACCCAUAUGUGGGUCUACCACAAAGAGUUUCCACAAAGUUAGAAGCAGACAAUUGCUUGUGUGACUGUCUUUGUAUGCUAUAGCAUUAGUUUCUGUUCACAGGAACGAUGUGAUCCAAACUUGUUCCAGCAUGACAGUGCCUCUCACCUGACAUCAGUGCCAUAUCUCGGUAAUGCUCUUGUGGCUGAAUGGGCAAAUUCCCACGAGCACACUGCAAAGUUUAUUGCAAGACCUUCCAAGAAGAGUGGAGAUUAUUAUAACAGCAAAAGGUACUAAAUCUGGAAUGGGAUGUUCAGCAAGCACAUGUGAGUGUUCUUGGCAGGUGUCCACAAACCGUUGGUCAUAUAGUGUACUUGCUUAAUGUCAGCUAAAUUGAUUGCUUUUAUUUUACAUUAAUGAACUCAAGAAACAUUCUCCACUGAGAACCUUGACAGAAAGCAAAGACAUCAAUACAUCUUUCAAGCAGAAAAAUUGAGUCAUGAUGAAAGCACUGGCCAAAACGUUACUAAUGUUAGGAUGGGGCGAAUGAGCAGAGGUCUUUUACACAAAGUGUGUUGAACAGACUAAGAAUUAAUUAAGGUUAAUAGGUUUCAUCCAUCCAUUUUCUGUACUGCUUAUCUUACAGAGGGUCACAGGGGACCUGGAGCCUAUCCCAGGGGACUUGGGGCACAAGGCAGGGUGCAAUCACACAUACAUUCCUCAGACAAUUCAUACACUACAGACAAUUUGGAAAUGCCAGUCAGCCUGCAACGUAUGUCUUGGGACUGGGAAACCGGAGUACCUGGAGGAAAUCUCUGAUGCAAACUCCGCACACACGGGGCAGCAGUAGGACUCGAACCCUCAACCCUGGAGGUGUGAGGCAACCAUGCUAACCACUAAGCCAAUACGCUGGUUAUCAACUUUAACAUACUUUUCAGUUGAAAAGCAAGAAAUUAUUAUGCAGAAAUAUUUUAAACCUACAGAAUUUUAAACGUACAUUAACCAAAGCUCGGGAACAUAGCUGGUUGUGUAAAUGCUUAAGUUUAUUUUAUAGGCUCACAAUGAGAAUAAACUGAUUGAAAACUUAUAACCCCAACAUAUUUAAUGUAAUUUCAUUUAAUUGUUUAAAGUAAAUAUUAAUAUAAAAUAAAUAUCAAUCUGUGAAAAUAUAUUAGGAAUAAUUCCACCGCAUGAAAAUAUGCACUACUUGCAAAGAAACGCAAAGCAAUACGGUUUGUGGUACAGUAAGAGCGUGGCUUCGGCAUGUCAGAUUUUUAAUGUCUAGCUCAAAAAGAAUGUCUGGCUCAUCUAUAAACCAUCUAUAGUUUAUAGAUAAACUAUACCAUCUGCUGAAAAUCGAUAUCUUUCUUAUGUAUGGUCAUCUGAAAAAGCCAGGGGAUUGUGCCUGUCCCUAAAAGUGCUUUCACUUUGGAGAGCCUUCUUAUUAUUUGUGCUCCAAGCUCCACAGGAUUCUCCACGGUGAAGUCAUCGCAACAAACACUAAAGGGUUAACUUUGAUGCAUCAGAUUUACAGUGCCCUCCACUAAUAUUGGCACCCUUGGUAAAUAUGAGCAAAGAAGGCUGUGAAAAAUUGUCUUUAUUGUUUAACCUUUUGAUAUUUUGUUUAAAAAAUUCACAAAAAAUACUCUGCACUCAUGGAUAUCAAACAAUUGCAAAUGAAACACAAGUUUAUCAAAAAAAAAUCUUUGUUAAAUAUAUAUGUCUGGCAAACUGAAGACACUUGAGUUUGUUUUUGGCUGAAAGUAGAGGCUUUUUUCCAAACAACUUGUGGGGAUGUAGGUGACUUCGGAUUGUAGUUUUGGAGAUUUUCUGACCCCAAGACACAACUAAUUUCUGCAAUUCUCCAGCUGUGAUCCUUGGAGAUUUUUUGGCCUCUCGAACCAUCCUCUUCACAGUGCAGUGACACGUCCAAUUCCAGGUUGAUUCGUAACAUUUCCAGUUGACUGGACCUUCUUAAUUAUUGCCCUGAUGGUGGAAAUGGGCAUUUUCAAUACUUGUGCUAUUUUCUUAUAGCCACUUCACAUUUUGUGAAGCUCAACAACCUUUUGCCGCACAUCACAGAUAUAUUCCUUGGUCUUACCCAUUGUUAUGAAUGACUAAAGGAAUUUGGCUUAUGUGUAACCUCAUAUAUAUACCCCUGUGGAACAGGAAGUCAUGGUUGAACAAUUUCCUGUUCCUAGUUACCCAGGUGUACAAAAAAAAAUUAAAAUAUCAAUGGGAAUAUACUUCAAAUAUAUUUUUUUUCAUAUGAAUUCAUAGGGGUGCCAAUAACUGUGGCACACAUACAUUAACAAAUUUAAUGAUAUUUCUUUUUUUGGAUAGACCUGUGUUUUGUUUGCAAUUGUUUGAUAUCCAUGAGAGCAGAGUAUUUUUUUGUGAAUUUUUUAAACAAAAUAUCAAAAGGUUAAACAAUAAAGACAAUUUUUCACAGCCUUUUUUGCUCAUAUUUACCAAGGGUGCCAAUAUUAGUGGACGCCACUGUGUAUCACUUUGCUCACAGCUGAUUGGUGCAAUCUGGGUUUUCGAUUUCUUACCCAGAAUAAAACCUGCUCCAGAGCAGGUUAGCUGUGUAAUAUAAGUUACCAUGGUGAUGAAAACCGCUAAAAAAUUAGUCCACCUUGAUGAGACGUUUUGAAACGUUCUUGAAACGUCUGGGUUACCACCCUGUUCCCUGAAAUGGGAACGAAACGCAUGAGCUAUUUAUAGGCCUGCCGUGAUUAGGUGACAUGGCAAUUAAGUGCAUCACAUGAUGUAAAAACGACACCUGUGAACUGUGCCGUCAGGCUUAUUAUCUGAAGCGAAGAUGCAAUUCACAGGCAUGGCCCAGUAUGACAAAGCUAUGCAACGUCUUGUUCCCUUCUCAGGGAACAGGGUUACAUGCGUAACCCAGACAUUCGCUUUCAAAGUUCACUUUGAAAAGGGAAAAGAGUUUACUCAAACUAAACGCAAACUCACCUUGGCAACCACUAAAACCGAUUUUGUGAAAUAGACCUCAGGGUGUGAAGUGUCGGUUCAACCACCUACACAAAUGACAAUCAUUCCAGAAUAAUUUCUCAUUGUCUCAUCUAAUAUUUUACUAUGGAAGUCAUCUCUUUGAGCAUUUUUUUUGAGUGAAAACCCAUACCAGCAUAAUUUGAUGUUAAAAUUCUGAUCUGUGUGAAGGUUGGUAGGUCUGUCAAAUAUUGUUUCCCAAGUCUGCUACUGGAGUCAUCAUGUAAUGCACAUUUUAGUGUUUCCCUCAUAGAAUUUUAACUGCAUGAAGAGGUUUGUUAAUGUCCUUAUCUUGUUAAUGGGAUGAUGAGUUGGGUCAUGUGUAUUAGAGAAACACACUGAAAUGUACAUUAUAGAAAAGAAUUAGAACAGAGUAGUCUAUGACCACUCUCCUUUAAGAGAUACUCUGCUUUAAUAACCACUUAUCAAAUGGAUGGACUAGUGCUGAGCUAUUGGUAACUCAGUGGUUAAGGUUUUGUGUUAGUAACCAGAAGGAUGUGAGUUCAUAUACUAGGACUCCCAGAAAGGCUCUGCUGAGCACCUAAACAAGACCUUUAACCCUGCUUGGUUCUGUGUUUGGAUUAACGUUGGCCUCACUUGCUAGUCACAUAAAAUAGAAAACUUGUUUUAGUGUACAUGGAGAGGUUCUUGAAUAUGGUUACACAGAUAUUACAUAAGAAAAACCGCAUGGUGUCUAUAAAAGUAAUAACUGUAUACACUGUAUAGUCUGCUACAGAAUUAUUGGCACCUUCCCUACAAAUGUGCAAAAGUAAUUGAAUAAUUAAUAACAUGCAAUUAGUACAUUUUAUUUUGACAUAAUAUUUGUUGAAACAUGAAAAGUAGUGCAUUUUGUCACACUGGUUUGAAAAUUAUGGGCACCACUCAUAUAUACACCAAUCAGCCAUAACAUUAAAACCACUGACAGGUGACGUGAAUUAGCAUUGAUUAUCUCGGUAUAGUGGCACCUGUCAAGGGGUAGGGUUUAUGAUUACUGCAGCCAAAGAUGUUUGAUUUUGCUGCUGCUUUAAAAAAAAAAAAAAAAUUUAAAAAAAAUUGCAAUGCAAUUUGGAGAGUUUUUUGUGAUUUUUUUUGUGGAAAACUACUCGGAUUGGCAAAAUUGCAAUUGCACGAAAUUGCAGUCUUUUGCAGUGAUGUUUGUUGGCAAAUGAGACCUUUUAGCUGUACUCAUGUUUGACGCACGUGAAUCAAAGGGGGCUUUGGCUGAAUGUACGUUGUAAUGAUGUCACAUGAUGCGUCUUGGGCCAAAUCUGUGGAAAAUCUGUGGUAAUUUUGAAAAAUUGCAAGUGAAUGUUGUGGAGUUUCCUUGAUUUUGUGUUCAUUUCUGUGAUCACGGAAUCCUGGAGGGACUGAUUAGGCAGCAAGCGAAUAGUUAGUUCUUGAAGUGGAUGUGUUGGAAGCAGGAAAAAUGGCAAAAGGAUCUGAACAAAUUUGACAAGGGCCAAAUUGUGGUGGCUAGAUGACUGGGUGUUUUGGGGUGUUCCCAGUAUGCAGUAGUUAGUACCAAUGCACAUGCUUACCUGGGGUUAGCACCAGGAUGCAUUAUGGGAAUGAGGCAAGUUGGCAGAGGUAGUGUGAUGCUCUGGGCAGUGUUCUUCUGGGAAACCUUGGGUUCCCAGCAUUCAUGUGGAUGUUAGUUUGACACGUACCGCCUACCUAAACAUUGUUGCAGACCAAGUACACCCCUUCAUAGCAAUGGUAUUCCCUAAUUUCAGUGGCCUCUUUCAGCGGGAUAAUGCGCCCUGCCACACUGCAAAAAUUGUUCAGGAACGGUUUGAGGAACAUGAUAAAGAGUUCAAGGUGUUGCUUUGGCCUCCAAAUUCUAUGAGAUGUGCUGGACAAAGUCUGAUCCAUCGAGGCCCCACCGCUCAACUUACAGAACUUAAAGGAUCCGCUGCUAAUGUCUUGGUACCAGAUACCACAGUGCACCUUCAGAGGCCCUUGCCUCAAAGUGUCAGAGCUGUUUUGGUGGCACAAGGUGCUGAAAGAUUUUUGUUUUUUCCUACAAUGAUGGAUGACGCUCAUUAGGACAUUACAGGCAACAGUGAUGUUCAGAGAAGCUGACAGCAAAGGGGGGUGGGGGUGGAUAGACUUAUAUUUGUAACUAUGUUAAAUAUUGUUUAUGGGUGUCAAUAAUUUUGCCACAAAAAGAAAUAUGUAUGAGGAUGUGAUUUUUGCUAAAGGUGAGUAGUUUUUCCAAUUCAAGGGGAUUUAAAUCAUUGUGUGUAAUUUUUCUCUUUUUAAUAAAAAGAUGCCAAUAAUUCUGGAGUUAAGUGUAUAUAUUUGUAUAAUAGUAAGAUCUAUGGUCAUAUUUCUCUGUGUGUACGUGUUACAUAUCUCAGCUGCAAAGUAUGAACUCUGACUGUAACAAUGUGUUGUUAAGGUAAUAGUUGUUAAUGAAACAAUAGCAUCUAUUACAGUGAAAUGGUUUCGGUUGGAAAACACACAGGUGAUGUCUGCAAUAAAUGUUCCCUCCCAUCAGUGAUGUCAGAGCAGGAGUGUCUAUUUAUUGUUGGUUUUGUUUCUUUACCUGUGCUACCUUCAACUGGUCUAACUGCAGUAACAGUUUAGAGUGCUACAGGGAUUUAUUUAUUUAUUUAUUUUAAUUGCCAUCAUGUUUACUGGUUGGGGAACAGAGGAUAAUGAUACUGAACCUAUGGAAAUUUCUUACUAUUCCUGCAACUGGUUCUAUCAAGCAGAGUGUGGCAGUUGGCACAGAACUGAGGAUGAUCCGGUGAACCCCAUCAGCAGCUCAGAAAUGGAAAUACUUUACUGUAGAGACCCACUUGGAAGUAUUACCUUCAACACAGCAGGAGGCAACUUCAGAAUUGAUUUUGCUGGUUACUGGAAGACCAACAUGAGGACAGGACAGAGUCAAAAAUUAAAACGCUCUUUCUCCACUGAGCAUAUUGAGAGAUACAAAUGUAAAGACCAGGCUCCAUCUAUACCUGCUUACUGGGAGAACAUGGAUCCUAAUGCACCUUUUAAGGCUUUUAAAGUGAGCUGGCAAACAAGUGAGUUUAAGAACGUGGAAAGAUAUGUGAGAGAAAUUGGACUACUGCAGGAACCCCUGAGAGUGCUGUAUAGAGUACAGAAUGUUGACCUCUGGGAGCUGUACUCCAGGAAAAAAAUCCAGCUGAUGAGGAUAAAAGGUCAGUCAGACAUUGAACAACGAUGGCUCUUCCACGGCACAGGCAAAAACAAAGUGGAAAAUAUUUGCUUGUACAAUUUUGACUGCAGAAUAUCUGAGUCAAAAAGACAAGGUCAUGUUUUGGGCAAAGGUACAUACUUUGCCCUACAUGCAACCUACGCAGACAAGUACAGUAGAAGCCAGGGAGUUAACGACACACGAAUAAUGUUCCUUGCGCGUGUGAUUGUUGGGAAGUACACAACUGGACGACCUGCUCUCUGCAAACCUGAUGGUGACCAAAUUGAAAAUAUACAUGACAGCUGUGUUGACAAUACAUUAUGUCCUAGGAUUUUUGUUGUCUUUAAUUCUGACCAGAUAUAUCCUGAGUACGUGCUGGAGUAUGGUGGGUAA